CGCGAGCAGAGCGGGCGGUCUAGGAAGCAGCAGCCGCGGGUCAGCCAGCCCGGAGCAGCUGCCGAGCCACGACCAGAGCGCAGCGACGAGGGCCCGGCGCCGGCGAGAUGCCUCUGUUCACCGCCAACCCCUUCGAGCAGGACGUGGAAAAAGCCACAAAUGAAUACAACACAACAGAAGAUUGGAGCCUAAUUAUGGACAUAUGUGACAAAGUUGGAAGCACUCCUAACGGAGCUAAAGAUUGCCUAAAAGCCAUAAUGAAAAGGGUAAAUCAUAAGGUUCCUCAUGUUGCUCUGCAGGCAUUAACUCUUCUUGGGGCUUGUGUGGCAAACUGUGGAAAGAUAUUUCAUUUAGAAGUGUGUUCCCGUGAUUUUGCAACAGAAGUACGAGCUGUGAUAAAAAAUAAGGCUCAUCCUAAAGUAUGUGAAAAACUGAAAUCUUUAAUGGUGGAGUGGUCAGAAGAAUUUCAGAAGGAUCCACAAUUUAGUCUGAUAUCUGCAACUAUUAAAUCAAUGAAAGAAGAAGGUAUUACUUUUCCUUCGGCCAGUUCUCAGACGGUCUCAGCUGCUGCCAAGAAUGGUACAUCAUUGAACAAAAAUAAAGAAGAUGAAGACAUAGCUAAAGCUAUUGAAUUGUCUUUGCAAGAGCAGAAGCAGCAGCACACAGAAACAAAGCCCUUGUAUCCAUCUGCAGAAAUUCAGCUAAAUAAUAAGGUUACAAGGAAAGUAAGAGCUUUAUAUGAUUUUGAAGCUGUGGAGGACAAUGAACUCACCUUUAAACAUGGUGAAAUUAUUAUUGUUUUGGAUGACAGUGAUGCUAAUUGGUGGAAAGGAGAAAAUCAUAGAGGAAUAGGACUCUUCCCAUCUAAUUUUGUAACAACUAAUUUAAACAUAGAAUCAGAUGCAGCAGCUGUGGACAAAUUGAAUGUAAUUGAGGAUGAUGUGGAGGAAAUUAAGAAAUCAGAGCCUGAACCUGUUUAUAUAGAUGAGGGUAAGAUGGAUAGAACCCUGCAGGUGCUCCAAAGUAUAGAUCCAACAGAUUUAAAACCAGACUCCCAAGACCUCUUGGAUUUAGAAGAUGUCUGCCAACAGAUGGGUCCAAUGAUAGAUGAAAAACUUGAAGAGAUUGAUAGGAAGCAUUCAGAAUUGUCUGAAUUGAAUAUAAAAGUCUUGGAAGCUCUAGAACUAUACAACAAAUUGGUAAAUGAAGCACCACUAUAUUCAGCCUAUUCAAAACUUCACCCCCCAGCACAUUACCCUCAUACAUCAGCUGGGAUUCCAAUGCAGACAUACCCAGUUCAAUCACAUGGUGGAAAUUAUAUGGGUCAAAACAUUCAUCAAGUCAAUGUUGCCCAGAGCUACAGCUUAGGAUCAGAUCACAUUGGUCCACUGAGAUCUUUGCCUCCAAAUGUGAAUUCUUCAUUGACAACACAGCCUGUUCAGACUCCAUAUUUAAGCACUGGACAAGACACUGUUUCCAAUCCUACGUACAUUAACCAGAACUCUAACCUUCAAUCAGCUACUGGAACAGCUGCUUAUGCACAGCAGAUGGGGAUGUCUGUGGAUAUGUCAUCUUACCAGAACACUACUACUAAUUUGCCACAACUGGCAGGCUUUCCGGUGGCAGUUCCAGCUCAUUCAGUUGCACAGCAGCAAACAAGUUACCAUCAGCAGCCUCUCCUUUAGAAAUAAACCAAGCACUUUCCUGAAAGCCUUUUCAUAAGUAUAUUACACAAACCUUGUGAUUCUAAUCUGAAAAUAUUAAAAGAAAAAAAUUUUCCUCAACUCAGAAGGACUAUGAAUAAAGCACAAAAACUUAGCUUACUCUAUCUACUGGGACAUAAAAGAUUUUUUUUUUUCUCCAGCCCAAUUUGUGAAGUCAAACUUUUUGACACGAGGCAGCUUCAAGUUGCUUCCAGUUUUGUCUUGCUUUCAACUCUCUAAGCAGUCUUGACACCGAAUUAGUAAACUAUGACACUAAAUGGAAUGAAAAAGAAGUGUUCAAAUUUCACUUUAAAGAGGCCACCAUUUACCAUGAAAAUGAAUUAAUUGGGAGAGCACUGAAACAUUUAAAUACUUUUUGUCUGCAUAUUUUUUUCCAGAGUUCCACACACUAUUAUUUUAAAAGAGGAACAUCUUUUUGUGUUAACAUUUAGCUUGCCAACACAUUUCCUUUUGGCUCCUUAAAUUGCAGAUGUGUUUGCAGCACUGUCAGUUUUGCUCUCAGUGUUAUGCUGAGUAAUAAUUAACACAUAAUUGUCUACAGAAGCAAGAGCAAUUUGGAAAGAACAAAAUUGUUUUCUGUUAUUAACAGCAAAGACCAUGUACAUGCAGAUGUAUGAGAAAACCCUUAGCUUGUCCCCAGUCAUGCCAACAUGGGUUAAGGAAUGCCCCACAAAACAUUUUCUUUCCCUGAAGAAAAACUUUCUUUUCCUACAAGGGUCCCUGGUAUUUAGAAGUGCCACUUUUCAAGUGACUUUGGUCAUUCUCUAAUAUAGGUAUGUUCCAUUUAUUUUUGGUUUUGCAGUAGUGUGCAGAGAUGCUGCCAUUCCUUUUUUCAGAUUACAUGUAAAUUUGAGCCUUGUGACAUUCUUAAUAAUUUGAUGUGAUGCAUACCAAACAUUGGUGAUAAGCAUUUUUAUUGAUCUGUCAUUUCUUUAACAAGGUAAUUAGAAUACAAUUGCUAAUUGUUGACAUCUUUGGACUUACUUUCAGAAUCUGUGGAGUAAUAGCAGGCAACAAAUUAAUAGGAAGCUGUCUAGACAGUUUUUCUGAAGCAAGUGUACAUUUUAAAUUAGUAUAUAGUACUAAUAGAUUCCCACAUACUGUAGGAGUUAGGUAGUAAACCAGGGAUUGUUUUCUUCUCUAAAAAUUUGCACAUUAAUUCACCUACCAACUUUUAUAACACCAAGUAGAAAAUGCAAAUAUAUACAUUUACAUGAUAUUUAGACUUGGAAAAGCAGUGGUUAUAAAUUUACUUGCAUGAAAGGUUCUAUAUUGUUUUUUAAAGAAACCCCUAAUCUUUCUACUCAGAAUCAUUUGAAGAAAGUGCUCUGGAAAUUUUUUGUCAUAGAUCAAUUUACAGAAAUUUGAUUAUAAGUAUAAUCCUUUUUAAAAUAAACUAUAUCCUAAAACAGAAGUCUAUAUACAUUUAGUCUACAUUUAAAGGGAAAAGCAAGCAGUACUUGAAAGCCUAAUUUCUGUCAUUGUCGUAUUUCAGAUACAAGUAACUGGAAAGAAAGUUUUAACUUUGAAUGUCUCAUGUUCUGUUUUUCAUCCAGUAUUUUCCUUCCAUAUGAAUACAAUUAUAUACUUAUAAACAUUCUAAAAUGGCACCUUUUUGGGAAACUAUUCUUUAAAGAAAACAAAAUGAAACAUUUACAAAGCUGCUCUUGAUAAUAAAUAUUUGCAUAUAUAGGAAAUCUUACAUUUUUUCUCACAAGCAACAUUUAAUAAACAAUUCUGUUAAAGUUUAUGUAAAUAUUUCACAUAUAAUUAUGAUUUGAAUUGUAGGAGCUUAAUUCUGCAUAAGACUUUGAAUCAGUAUAAAUACUGCACACCCACUAAAUUGGAAUCAGCCAGUUAAGUUUGUCUAAUGUUGUCUUGGACUAAGAUAAGAUUUGCCAUGUAUAAAAAUAUUAUAUAUUGGCAUUUAUCUGUGAAACUUUAUACAUCCAGAAGUUUCUUCCUCUUAAAAAUAAUUUUAUUUUUGUCAUAUUGUAAUGAAUUUUGUGUUUCAAUUUGUUAAUAGUAUAAAAAUGUUAUUAAAUCUGUACAGGGACAUUUUAGUGUCAUUAAAUGCCAGAGUUGUUGUUAUCCUUUCUUUGUCAUGAUUAUGGAUUGUAUUUAUUUUAAAACCUGUUUAUAAUUAAAUGUUUUCUGCUAAAGGAAUUGUCUAACUUCAGAUUUCUACACUGGAUUCUCCUUACUGUUUUAGAUGAGAAAUAAAAAUAACAUCAGCUUUUCACAUGCGAUCUUGGUACAUUAGAAAGAAUUCCUGAAAAUGUAUAAUAAAAUUAAUUUUCAUUAAUAUAGAAAAAAUUCCCCUGGAUGUUAAAAUAUAUGACAUGAGAUAUGUUCUUAUAGUUUGGAAAAUGUGUAGUCUACUGUCAUCAUCUUCUAAUUUGAUAAUAUAAAAUUACCUGAACAUUCAUUAUAUUUAUCAUUUAGGAUUUGAAAUUAUUUGCAGGUACAUUGUCAUGGGAUAUUAUUUGAAGUGGUUGAUAACUGACCACAAAACAAAUCUCACUGUACAUCUUGAGGAUGGUUAUAAAGUUCACCUAAAUUUUUUAAAUACGAUUUUAAGUGCUUAAAAUAUUUAUGUCUUCAGGGUUAAAAAAAGAUUUCCUUAGUAAAAAUUAUAAGUCCAGGUUCUUGCCUUCUAGGAGAUUUAUUGAAUUGUCAUGAUGGUGACAUGAUGAGAAAGCUGACGUUAUUUUUAUAAGUAAUAAAUUAUAAAUAACAUAACACUGAUCUAUCUUGCUCUGUUUCUGUCAAAAGACAUUUUCUUACGCAGUUUUAGUUAAUAAAAGGAGGACUCAAUUCAGGGAAUCUUACUUAGAUUUACUUUUGAAGACAACAAUUUUAAGGUUUUCUCCAGAAUUACUCUUAAUUUUACCAGUCUAUGUUUGAAUUGGUUUUUAAGAAAUCAUUCUGUGUCAGAAAGAUAUUACAUUGUUUAUAUAGUAUAGUGAAAUGAGUAGUUCCCCCCCCCCAAAUUCAUGUUUAUCCAAAAUAUCAGAAUAUGGCCUUAUUUGUAGAGUCUUUGCAGGUGCGAUUAGUUAAGGAUAUGGAGGUAAGAUCAUCCUGGAUGUAUAGGGUGUACCCUAAUCAAAUGACUGGCGUCCUUAUAAGAAGACAGACUGAGUAAAAAACGUGAAAAUGCUGAUGACAGAUUGGAGCUUCUAUAUGUUAAGGAAUGCCUGUGGCCACGGGGAGCAGGAGGGAACAGGGAAGGGGUCUUCCUUAGAGUCUUCUAAGGAAGUUUCUUAGCCUCCAGACUGAGAAGAAAUUUAUGUUGAUUUAAAUCACUGAGUUUAAGAUACUUUGUUACAGCAGCCCCAGGAAACUAAUAAACACAUGUAAGUGUACAAUGAAAUAAAUCUGUGUACCAAGCAUUCUGAAUUUUUGUAAGUUUCCUUAAAAUUGUAAGAGUCCUGAGGCAAAUAUC